GCCGGGGACGCCGCAGCGCGGGGCCGGCCGAAGCGGAGGCGGCGGAGGCGGCAGGAGGGUCCGAUGGACCGGCCCGGCAGCGGGGCCGGAGUCGCCGCGACACAGUCACCCGGGAGCUUCCGAGGGUUUGGCAGGAGGAGCCGGCGCUGCAGCGCUGUGGACAGGGGGGACUUCACAGGCGGCAUCUAUGGCACCAGCCUCUCCUCCGACUCCCGCCAGAAUAUACAUACCAGUGAUUUGGAACAUGAUGUCCACCUUCCUGAAAAUAAAUACUAUCUGUCGGGAGACAAGACUGGAACAGGCGGUAUUCUUUCAAGCAAGUUGCACAAGGAUGCUUACACGACAGCAGUGGAACAACUGGCAGAUCUUAGUUUGUCAAAAAAUACGACUAGAAGAACACAGCUCAGUCAAAAUAAUAGCAAGGAAGGGAUGUUUCAUUCCUGGAGAUAUGCACAUGAUCAAAGCAAUACUACUGUGAACAGAGUCUCCAAUAAGCCUCUAGUGGAAACUCUUUCCAGCUCACAUGGUAAUUCUUUAAACUUCUUUACUGUUAAUCCCACAUUGGUGGGGGCCCAUAUGAACAGCUGUCACACAGUGUCUUACCGGGGACCUCAGCAGAUGCCAUUAGGAAUCUACUGGACAAAUGGAGAUGGGGAUUUUUUCAAGGUCAAAAAUGAAACCACAGCUGACUCCUAUCCUGCUACAGAAAGUAGUAGUGAUGACGCUCUCUCUGUGUCCAAAUGGAAUUUGAAGUUGCAAAACAGUAGUGUUGAGAACAGUCUUUUAACAGAGGAAGGUGAUGUAUCUGAGAGUGAAAAAGUGAAUGAUGUUUUGCUUAGUUAUUUCAAAUAUAUGGAUCUGAACUUAAGACCAGAAACCAUAGAAAACAUUGAAAAAGCUUCCUCCAAGCACCAAAAUGAAGUGUUUCCAUACCCUGAUUUUCUCCCACCACCUUUCAAUAACCUGGACUUACAAAAGUUGGCCUUAUCAAAAUGGGAUGACUGGAAGGUAGUCUUUAAUCCACCACCAGAAAGCUCUGUUGUGAAAUUAAUAUCUCGUCUGUUGGAAAUUGAAAGGAUGCAGCACUUGACUAUAUUAAAGGAGAAGACAAGAGACCUGACAGUAUCUUCCAGUAUGUUGCUUGGCAAUCGACCCAGUUCCACAAAAUCCAUGCAUCAGUUGAAGCAGUCAAGACUGUCUGAUCCUCUAUGUCUUCAGACAUCUUUUAAUCGAGACUAUCAAGAGAAAAAUAAAUCCAACCAUUCUGGCUGCUGCACGCAUGACUGGAACAGCUCAAAAUGCACUUGGGAGUACUGUCAUAAUUGCAAAUGGAGUGCUGGAACAUCCUCUGUUAGAAGUUCAUCCACAAAGCAGCUUAGAGCAUCUUGUGAUGCCUUUAAAAGCUCUAAAAUCCCCAUCAUUUUAAACUCUAACAUGCUCUUGCGGAGGUCUUCCUCAUGCUGUGUGGCGGCACCAAGAACUCAAUCAACUGUAAAAUUGACUUCCCCAAAGCUGCUGCCACCAAGUACAGCUCUAACCAGUCCUUUCCCUGAUAAGGACAGUUUAAAAUAUAAACAGCCAAGGACCAAAAAGAAACUCUAUAGAAAAAACGUAGUAACGAGUAAGACUUUUCAUUGCCAGAAGUUAAAAUCUGUAUCUGCAAUGCCAAAGCAGAAGUACACUCACACUGACAAACAGUAAUUUCUUGAAUUCAUACUUCUCAUUAUGAGUGAAUCCUGCUCAGCAAUCUUAUUUUAGGUUGGUUGUCAGGUUAAAGUAUUUUUAAUGGUAUGAGACAGAAGUGAUAUGAAAUAGCACUUGUGACAAUUGAAUCCACUUGUAGAAAAAUCAAGUUUUAUCCUUCUGCCUGCUGACAUCUUUUAGACCAUUUGUGUAACUUUUAAAAGAAUUGGAUCAAUAUAAGCAUACCAGCAAAUCAUCCCGUUCCAGAGUGCAACUAUUUUUUUAAAAUGUUUAUAAAAGUAAUAUCUAUAAAGUAUAGUUAUAUUAUACUAGCACCCAGAAAAUCCCACUCAGCAUCAGUGCUCCCCUAUGCGCUACGUGCUGUACUAAUACAUGGGAAGAUACGGUGUCAGCCACAGAGAAUUCACAAUUUAAGUGCAAUAUGAAGGGUGGGAGGAGAGAGAGAAAAAUACAAUUUCUAUACAUUUGUCAUUUUUUUUCUGAUACAUAGAUUAAGGACCAAUGGUCUGAUUAUACACAUGGGAAAAUACUAAAGCAAAAUGAAUGUAGUACAUUUCUAUCAAUAUGAAAUUACUCACUUUUUUCCUCAAACAAGGAAAUUAAAUAGAACAGCUAAAUUGAUGAAGUUUUCUGUACAUGCCUAGAAAUCAAGAAAUUCAGAUUUAUGAUUCCUAUUGCAACCAUAGUUGUCCUUGUGUAUGAGACCCUCCCGUCCCCCACAAAACCUAUGUUAUCUGAUACUCUGGUGGAACAGACUAGAAAUUCUGUAGCAGUUCCAUUUAAAAUUCUAUUUUAAUUGAAGUCCAUACACUAUUCCCAAUGUUACUUAUUCAAAUAUUAAAUUUGAUUUUAUACUACCCUUACAUGUUCAGUAUGUGUCACAGAUUUUGGUAUGGACAAGUAAUUGAACUAUAAAAGUUGUCAGAGGGGUAAACUGGAGGUUUUUGGCACAUGAAAAGGUGGAGGGUUGUUACCAUAUUAGCUAAAUAUUUUUGCUAAAAUGAUCAGCAGUGAAAUGGUUAUCAUUGUUGACAUUUCAAAUACCUUUAGGUUUCAGGGUUACCAGUCCUCAGCACCUCUCAGCAUUAACUGAGGAAGAUGGCAGGACAUCAGUUUACAGUCUUCUUCACAUAUUCAAGAAUAAUUUUCUUGAUGCAAGCCAGAAACAAUUGUUUUAAAAACCCUGAAAUUUUAGCUACUGGAGCUCAUUUGUACAAGGGCUGGAUAUUAUAUUCAUAGAAUACAAUGUAACAUGGCCCGUAAUGCAAUACGUUCCUACAAGUGCUUCUCGUCAGAGCAACUUACACAGAAUUACAUCUCAACAUCCUGGAGUUUAAGGUAAACAGUAGUACAGGAGGGGAAGGAAGGCAAUGAUUGCCAUUUGAACACCCUGAUUUUAAUUGCUUAUCACUUUUCAACUCUUUCAUCUUUGGGGCUGAAAGAGGCAGGGACAUAGUACUGAGUUGGAGUCAUGUAUCAGCAGUCUCUGCGGGCAGGGCUCUUGUGGAACCCUGGGGAGAAACUAAAGCUUCUCCCCACCCUGUAGAAAUAUGAAGGGAGUGCAUUGUCAAGGGAGAAUAGCUUGAGUGAAUCUGGCUUAUGAUCUUAACCAAUUCUUAUUCUGAUGAGAGUUCUUGGGAGCAAUUGGCUGUUUCCCCCUUCCCACCCUCCCGACACACACUGAUUACUAGAUCUCAUGGUUGUGAGAGGGCCUGUGUAAAUCACCCACUCUCACUGGUGGGUUGGGUAGGAUAAUUAAGACCCCUGUAUUCAAGAACUUGAGGACUUUUCAGUCACCAACAACUUUAACAUUCAUUCUUGCACCACAAACUGAUUGAGACCUACUCAGCCAGGCCUGUGCAGAAGACCAUUUUGAAGUGAUUAGCAUUCACUGAAGUUACAAUUAUACACUUUAAUGAGAAGAUUUUUCUCAAACUUCACCAUGGAAUGAAAUGGGUCUGUUCUCUAGGACCUACAGAGUACUCGUUUUUCAUACUAGAUACACAAUUAAAAAUCCCAAGUACAGAUGAAUCCAGUUGUAAGAACACUCUGCAUGUUCUCUUGGCUCAUUGCCAUACAACUUGUCACAAAACAGAUUUCUUGUUUAAUACACACUUUAAAUAGGAAGUUUUCUAAAAGUAUUUAGGGGCCUGAUCUUGACAACUACCGAGCACCUGUAACUCCCAGACAGUGACUGCACUGGCAAAAAAUAGGAUGCAUAAUAUGCCAGCAGUGCAGCUCCACUAGUGGAAACUAUAUUGCAGAGAGGGCUUUCAGAUCUCUAUCACCAUGCUACUUAACUAACCCACUGGUGAGCUUUGAAGUUCAAAAACAGGACCAAUGAUCGAUGGAGAGCCAGAGUAGUGACCGGAGCGCUGUGCACUUGUCAGCUCAGCUGCUUUCUGUAUCACUUGGAGUUUCCUUAGGUCCCAAUUCAAGGAAACAUCCUUAGUGAAGGACACCAUUCAAGGUGUGUUUAAGAUGCAAUGAAGUCACUAUGUGCUUAAAUGUUAUCCUGAACAACAGUGGUAAUAAUCACAUGCUUAAGAGCUCCAAUGAAUUGGGAUCCUAGAAUCUAGACCCUCCAAAUGGUCCUAAACCUUCUUUUCCAUACUUUCCACGCUGGAUUUCUCAAAGCAGCUCUGGACCUACACAUAUGACUAAUCAUAUCCUGAAUCAGAGUUUUGGAUUGCCUGGGGAUAAAGGGAACACAAAACACCUCCUGAACUCAAAACUGACACCAGAACCCUUCCACUCUCUAACGAAGAAAUUGCACUCAGAGUGCUCAUGGCGAGCAGCUCACUGCUGCUGGAACUGGAGUAUUACCACCCCUGGAGAAAAUAUAGCUCAUAUUUAGGCACAACCUGCAUUUGUUACAUUUUAAAAAUGUAUUAGUUCAGCUCUUGUAAGCAAGUGAUAAGUAAUGUAUCUUACUGAUCAAUGCAAACUGAGAGGCAGAACUCAUUUACAUUUUCUCCUGCUAAAUCGAACAAUUUUGUAACAAAGAUUUAUCCCAGAGGGUUUCAAAUUAAAUCUAUUUAACAAUUUUUCAGGAUAAAUGUUUUGCGAGUUGAAGUAUCUGCAUAAUUGCAUUUUAUUUAUAAGCUCUUUGAAAAUGCAGCCAUAAAUUUUAAAUAAACUUGACAUGUUUCUCUGAACAAAUGCUGCCAGCUGUGACAGCUGGCUGGUGGUGAAUAACAGUCAUCUCAGAACUCACUUACCCAUUGUACCAUGAUUGGGUUAUCAGUGACUAAGACGGAGUGAUUAGAAUCAGCAUCUUUGAAAGGUGAGAAGCUACCAACCAGCACACACACCACUCUACACAGUUACAUUUAAUAUAACAAUAUUUUGAUUCAGGUCAGCUGCUAUUGACCCCAUGCACUGAGUCAGCACAAGAUGUACUCAUCUGCUUAUGUUCCAUUUAAAACAAUUGGCUAGGGCCAAUCUGGUUUAUAUUGGUAACAUUUUCAUUAAUACCUGUACUUAUAUAUGAAAUGGCAUAUCACUCACAACUGCACAUCAUUUGAAAACAUUCCUCAUCUAGCAGCUUGCUUUUGAACUAGAAUGUCCCAUGAAAUCUUGAUGCUUAGUUUAGUGUAAAUCCUCUUCAGAUUCAUUUCUAACACUGGCAAAAUAAUUGGUAGCUGGCUGUGGACAUGCCUUUAUGAGACAACUGUAAAUACCAUCUUUCCUCCUCCAGAAUUUGAACAAGAUUUACCCUUACUGGGUCAUCCCAGCAGUUUAAGAAACUGAUUCAGGCUAUGCUGCUAUAUAGAACUGCUUUGGCCAUGACCCUGGCUACGUUAAUUAGGAUCUAGCCAUUUUUUUUUUUUAAACUUAGGAAACAAAGAUUGUGUGGUUAAGACUUCUAUAUUAACUUAUUGGAGAGAAAAGCAGGGCAAGGAUGGUCACGUCACAGUAUCAUAAGGAGAGAAGGAAGUAAGAUGUGUAUCUUACAUUGCCUUCAAUAUUAUUUGUAUGUUGUCUUGCUAUUAAGGACCUGAUCCAGCAAAUAUGCAUGCAGCUUUACACACAUGUAGUCCCACUGAAUUAAAAUAGGACAACUUGUGCAAAGUAUGUAAGUUUCCAGAACUGGGAUCUUAUAUUGUAAGCUCUUCUGACCAGAAACUGUAUUUCUGUGUGUGUACACAUACUUAAAUGCAUUUUGGGCACUAUUCCUGCAAUAGAAAUAAGUUCUAGUUCACCCUUACUCCCUAGGAACAUCUGAGCUUUCAUUAGUGUAUCAGUAUCCAUGUCUAAACUACAUGAAACACUCAAGAAUUUAGUGGAGAAGAAGAUUCUGUACCAUUGUGAGUAGAAACAAGUGACACUGUGUUCAUUUUUAGUCAUCUCUUUGUGUGUGAUGUGCAAUAGUUUCCAUUUAAAGAAAAUUCAAGACAAUGCUUGAGAUAAAUGUCAAAGCAUGUGUGUUUUGGGUGCAGUAUGUUGGACUUCUCAGCCACCUUUUUUUUUCCCUUCCAUCUUUUAAAGUUUUUAGUUUAAGACAAUGCUGGCUGGUCAAUUUCUUAUUAUUUGGGUGCCAGAACUACAGAGAAGCAGGAAACCCCAAAGUUCUAGGAGGAGCAUCUAGCAUUGAUAUGAACCUCACAUGGAACAUUUUUUAUUGAAAAGCUUGUCUGAUGGCAGGGAAAGAUUGUAGAAUUUAGCAGUGGAGAGGGAAAAGUGUACAUUUGGGAGUUGAAGAGUUCAGCUAAGAAGCAGAUUUGCAUGACACAAUGGUUGCUAAGUGCCUCUGUGUUUUGACCACCUUUUUUGUUAAUUAUGUUUUCUGAGGAGGUUGGUCUUAAUUCUUGCCUGUGUGAUAGGGUCCUAGCAGAUAUACACAGUUUUGUUAUUUACUUUGUUUCUUCUGUAGUGCUGUAGUCUUGUUUUUCCUUUUUGUAAUCUGUAAAUAUUGUUAUAAAUAAACGCUUUAUUCUAUUUAUAACUACAAUGUCUUCAUUGCUGCUUUUAGGAAAAGUGGUUACCUGUGGCUGGUAAGAUCUGUCUUGCAGGCACGCUAACUCUA